AUGCCGCCUAGACGCAACGUAAGGCAUGAGGAACCUACCUCCCAGGCUUCGGAGGAAGAAAGUGUGACGCAACCAAGGCCGCCGUCGCCACCACCACCUCCACGAGUAGAUAGGGAAGUCGUAAAGCUGUUCCUAGACCAAAAGCCCCCUACCUUCGACGGAAUGGGUGAACCAGCGAAGGAUAAAACUUGGGUACGCGCUUUCGAACGCAUCUUCAAAACCUUGGUGUGUAACGACGAGGAGAAGAUGAUUUGCGUGACGCACCAACUGACUGGGUCCGCCGACUUUUGGUGGGAUACUAAGCUGAAGACCAUGCCCCAGGAUCGAGUGGACGGAAUGACGUGGGAGGACUUCAAGACCGAGGUAUAUGAAAAGUACAUACCUAAGAGCUACCGCAAGGCAAAGGCAGCCGAGUUUCACAACCUCACUCAGGGACGCCUGUCCGUGACAGAUUACGACCGCGGGCUUUGUAAAAUGACUCGCUAUGCGCCGGAAUAG